AUGUCCCGUGACCUUCUUAAAUCCACAAUGUAUAUUGAACAAAUUGCAUCGAAAAGCGAGGACACGUGGACAUCAAAUGAACAGGAGCAAGUAGAGAAACUGCUAAAAAAUCCGAAAAAUUCUCCAAAAGAAGAACCAAAAGCUAAAAAACAAAAGCUUGCCGAUCGACUUGACGAAGAAAUCGAAACGGGUAUUCGAUUGCUGCUGGAGUUUGUUGGAUUUGAAGAUAUUUCUGAAACAACACUACUAAAACUGAAAAAUGUGUACUACCAACGAUUAAUAACUUCAUCGAGGCAACUGUCAGCAGCAGAAAGAAGGAAAAAAGAUGGAUUAGAGAUACCUUAUAAAAGCCCUCUUGAAUGGACACUGAAACUAAAUGGAGUUCAAAGAGUGUUGGAAAUCAAAGAAUGGUAUGAUGUAAUUUAUUGGAGAAGAUAUCGAGAAUUAAAAGAAACGUUUGGAGAAAAAGUGAUCAAAUCAGAAUGA